AUGCUCGCGGCUGACCGCGGCAUGGGCGACAAGAUUGAAGUCGGCCCCCCUCAUCCUGGCCCCCAAACCUACCUCGAUGUCGUCACAGGCGGUUUGGCUUCUGCGAGGACACGUUUGAGAACUGCGAGCAGAAUAGCCAGCAAUGCAUCGGCGGCCUGUGCAAGCGCCCCCAGUUCUACACUCACUAAAGACCGACAGCCUGGGGACUGCCAGCCCUGCGUCGAUGGAGAUCUCCCCCGCAAGCCCAGAGACAUCGACCGCACCAAGUCGGCAAAACCCAACGACGUUUGGUACGCCGACUACGGGCCCAUGAAGGAGUCGAUUCGCCACCACAAGGGCUACCGUGGGCGGGUGCGCCGGUGA